CAUCAACACUUGCUCCUCUGCUGCAACAAGUUACAGUCUUCCAUUUUGUUACGAUGAAGUCGAUAAGGCUCUGGAUCGUACUCGCAGUGGCAAUGGUUUUAAUUGUAGCUGCUAUUGCAGUGGCAACCGAAGAUGAUGAUGAUGAUAGUGGCUCGGACGCUACAAACGACUCCAGCCAUGAAGCAUCGUUAUCUGUGUCUGUAGGAGGGAGAACAAGCCGUUUCCUCGCAGCGAAAACCCCCAGUAGCAGCCAAAUGACUUGCGAUAAAUUCCCUCGGAUUUGUCGCGCAAAAGGGAGUCCAGGGUCUGACUGUUGCAAGAAGAAAUGUGUUGAUGUGAUGACGGAUCGCUCUAAUUGCUGGAUGUGCGGAUACAAGUGUAAGUACCCAGAGGUAUGCUGCAAAGGAAGCUGCGUGAACACAUCUUUCGAUAGGAACAACUGUGGUGGGUGCAAUAAUAAGUGCAAAAAGGGGGAAACCUGUGCUUAUGGACUCUGCAACUACGCUUAAUUACAAGUUUUUGAUAUACUUUUCCCUCUGUUCCUUCUUUCAUAUAGAGCAUUUAAAUCUUCAAAUGUGGAAUUUCUUUUAUUUCAAUUAUUAAUAAUAAUCGUCCUUUCCCAAUAAUCAACUCUCCUCCCUUCCUGGGGAAAACAAAUAAAGAAAGAACACAGCCUAACUAUGAUGUUGUGGAGGUUCGUUGAAGCAUAAAUGGCUGUAAUCAACUCUCCUCCCUCACCUCAGACGUCGUACUACAUAUCCAUAAUUGCAUUUUUCCUCUGGUUUUACUAUUUGUAUUUUUAUGUGCAAAUAAAUUGC